AUGAAGAUAGGUGACGCGUGGUACGACUUCAUCCGCUUUCUCGCCGCGCGCCGGACGCAGCUCCCCGCGCUCACUGAAGUCCGCGUCGGCACGAUCGACUGGCCGCUCGUGGAGUCGGAGACGCGGGGGUCGAUGGCCAUCUACGUCGCGUGGUUCUUGAACGCAGAGGCGGGCCUCGCGCUCGCGGAUAGCGCGGGCAGGCGGGUUCACCGGCUCGCGCCUGUCCCACUGAGCGUGAGGAGUAAGCAGCGGUGCGUUGCGUACGGAGAUGAAAUGAAUCGAGAGUAA